CAAAUAUAGGAAGAGGAAAUGAGCGCGUUCACCUAAACCAAUACCUAACCGAGCCAGUCUUUGCACAAGGCUCGAAGUUCACAGACAAGAAGUCAGUCCGUGGACACCCCCCUGAGCUACCGCUCGUAAACAGUACGCAGGGUGCAGGUGGGAACCUCCACAACGGGCUGACCGGUCCCACUCUCUCUCGCAACUGUUUACUCGCCGCUCGCCGACAGGAAUUGUUUCAAAGCAGAGGUUGAAUUCGAUGUCCGGCGCCCAGCGAGGAUGUCGAGUGGCCCGGGAGGUGCUGUCGGGAGGACGUGGUGGCUUUUCUUCCUGGUGGUCCUCUCUGAGACCAUGAGCAAAGUGGACCUCCGGUCGGUCGCCAUCAUCAACAUCACCCGCCUCUCCCCGGAGUCCAACCACACGUCCACCGAGGCCGUGGGGGGCGUGUAUGGCAGGACUUCGCCCAAAGAGAGGGCCGCCGGGUUUGUUCGAGCGCCGAGCUCCGAGGAUACACUCGCCUGUGACCCUAACGUUGACUUCCGUGGCGCCGAUCCUCCUUGGAUAGCGCUGAUCGAGAGGGGCAACUGCACAUUCGCGCAGAAGAUUGAGAAUGCAGCAGUGAAGGGGGCGACUGCGGUGGUGAUCUACAAUGAAGAUGGUUCUGGCAAUACAACAGACCGCUUUAGCCAUGAUGGGACUGGCAAAACGGUGGCUGUAAUGAUUGGCAACAUUAAAGGGCGUGAGAUUCUGUCGCUGGUGAAGAACGGGAUCCCGGUUUACAUGGUGAUCGAGGUUGGGCGGCAGCACGGACCGUGGAUGAGCCAGUACUCCAUCUUCUUUGUCUCCAUUUCCUUCUUCGUGAUCACUGCCGCCACGGUCGGCUAUUUCAUCUUCUACACGGCCAGGAGACUGCAGAUCGCAAGGACUCAGUUAAGGAAGCAGAAUCAACUGAAAAAUGAAGCCAAGAAGGCCAUUAAUCAGCUGGAUCUCCGCACCUUGAAGCAAGGUGACCAGGAGACUGGCCCAGAUGCCGACACCUGUGCUGUUUGCAUCGAAGCUUACAAGCCUAAUGAUGUUGUUCGCAUCUUGACUUGCAACCACAUAUUCCACAAGAGCUGCAUUGAUCCCUGGCUUUUGGAACACAGAACCUGCCCCAUGUGUAAAUGCGACAUUCUGAAAGCUCUGGGAAUCGAGAUUGAUGAGGAGAAACCUGACGAAGCUCCGGAGCUGGAGCAGGUAUCCAGCAGUCCCCAAAGAAGUGGGCAGGAUAGAAACACUGAAGUCCCUGAGCAUGCCAUCUACACUCUACCCUCAGGCUAUGGCAUUGAGCACGGACAGGAUGAAUUCCCAGCGGCUGAGGACAGUCCCAGUAUCAGUGAAGAGCAGCGUCUUUUCAAUAAUGAAGCUCGGGGGAACGCUCUAUCUGUGUAUGUUCUGCCACAGGACAACCCUGCCUACGAAGAAAUUGACCUGCGCGAUGAAGUGAAGUCUUGAAUCAUCCCUAAGUGGUAAAACUCUGAAGACGACAUCAGCCACCAACUGGUAUGGAAGGAGCCUCUCCCCAGCGAACGUUUCGUUCAAAGUCUUUGUGGACUGGCUCGCAAUCUACUUUCUGCUGCAUUUUUUUUUAUGCCAAUGUUUUAAAAUAAAAGUCAUUUUAGAUAGCCUAUAUAUAAUGGACAACGUGAUUAAUACUGAUGCUGGAUUCCCGGGAUUUCAUGCAAUCGGUCGGAUUAAUUUUCCCAUGGUCCAGUGACUGGGGUUGUAGAGAAAGGCAGAGAUUACAGAACGUCAUUCUUAACCAUUGGAUGGUGCAAGUUCGGAGGUCAUUUAAACCUCUGCGCUCCAAACGUGAAUGGGCUGUCGUACUAUCCCCAUGGUAGAUAACGUCUAUAGUGGAAUCUAAUUUGUUGUGGGCCUUUAAACCAUGCCUGCACUCUGCUGAUCGCUGCAUGAAAUUGCACUAUACCUUUGAAGAAAAUGCAGGAAAAAGGUUAACUGUCUACUAUCAAAGCAGUGCUAAUGCAAACAAAACCAGUUGUCGAUUGGUGAUAUCUCUCUUGGAUAAUUUGACCCCUGAUAUGGAAAAUACCUUUGAUUAAUCUUCCACACUGUCAUAAUGGCGUUGCUGGUCCACUUGCUUCAUAAUUUGUGAUGCAUUUACCAGUAUUUUACUUUGCUGAAAAUAAUAAAGAAUUUUAAUUUUUUUUGAAUUUUGAGGGGGGGGGGGGGGGGGGGGGGGGAACAAGUGAUGUGAUCAAUCAUAAAGGCAAGUUAGUCAUUCCAUUCUAGGCUCCCGAAAGGGCUGUCAUAAACAACUUCACACUGACUGAAGUUGCUUUUAAUCAAAGUUUAUGGUCAAAGAGCAUUUUAAAUAACCCUCUACAGAAUUGGCUUUUACUGAUUUUUGUUUUCAAAAGCAAACUGAAAUCGUCAAUAAAGUUAAAUCUAUUUUGGAGAUAAAA